AUGGAGGUUGAGUCAGCACUUCCAAUUCGAGUUCUUGAAUGGCGGCUUUGGUCAUAUUGGCGAUGUGAGAACGGGCGUUGUUAUGUUGCAGAAGAACGCAAUUUCGCCCAUUCGGUCUUUUUUGCUGAAUUGUUUCGUUUAGUCGGUGCAGUUGUUGAACGUAGAGCUCCGCAUUGGUUGUGUUCAAGCAAAACUGAUCCAUGGCUAUUAAAGACCCAACCACACACACGCACAUGCAUUUGUUUUAGGUUUUGUACCCAUUUGAACUGUGAACAUACACAAGAUAACGUGUUUUCGAGAAGUCAUGUGAAAGAAGCAGAAGAAACGGAUGGUCGAAUUGUAGUGAUAGUGUGCGACGGAGCUCAAGGAUCGUGCGGUCGGCUGCUUGGAAUCAGUGAUGAAUGCAUACAACAUUCUUGUAACACGUACGGCGCUAUUGCUAGUCUGGAGAGAAACUGUGAGAGACAGGAGUUUCCAAUGGCAGAAAAGAGAAUCCACCAACUAAUAUUUGAUCUCACUUCCUACGGAGUUGAUUCUCUUGAUGAGUCCUACACUCCCGGUUUCAGUUUAAAACUCUUCGGCAGUAAUAGGCACCGUUACAUGACUCUUGUGAUACCGAAAUGUGAGUCCAAGUGUGUGAAAGCUUUGCGUGUUAUACUGGAUCGCUCGAUGAUGAGAAAUAUUUUCACAAAGUGUUUUAACACAUUCCGGUUCGAAAAUGAGACUAAACUUGCAGAAUCUGAAGCACUGAAAAACAUGAAAUUUAGUCCAAGGCUCUUCGAAAUAAAAAUGUUCCAACGGCAGGAGAACGUGGCAUAUUUUUCUGACCCAGAUAUUUUUAUUUUGGCUGAAGGUGACGCUGCUAUGUGUUAUAAUUUCAGUACAGGAAUGGAUGUAAAUAUAGGUUUGAAAAACCUUGUAACGCUUCCAAACUUUUUGGAAAUGGUUAGCUGGGCAGAAACGGAAAAUCAUAUAACAUCCGUCUUAACGUACAAGACACGUCAUACAGAAAAAGUGUGCCGAAACUUUGUCAGAUGUGGAUUACGAGAGUAUAUGUUUUCUUAA